AUGGCAGCGUCCCUUUCCCAGCUUUCCGCGUGUGUCACGCGCAUUCUCGCGUUGACAGGUUUUCCCAAGGAGCUCAAGACGAGGGAUAUCCAGACUGCCUUCUCCGAGUGGGAGAACGCUAACGGAGGCUUCAAAAUCAAAUGGAUUGACGACACCAGCCUUUUAAUCGUCUUUAAUGAUGCUACAAUUGCCAAGAAGGCCUACCUUCACGCCCUUGCCUUCCCCCCUGCCAUCUUCUCCUCCCUGACUUCAUCUCAGUCGGCAACCAUUAAGCCAUACGACGGACCCGACGCGCAGGCGGUCAUACAGAACGUGAACGCUCGCCAGCACAAUGGCAAUGCUCGCGGUCAUGGUGUACGCGGAUCUGUUUCGCACGGGCGGGGGGUCUCCGUGAGCCAGCCACCCCGGGGCAAUGCUGUGAAUACACACGUCAAUGGGAAUGGCACCGAGCACAACGCGAACGCAUCACCUCGUGAGCGCGAGCCGUCACCAACUCUCCCUAACAUCCCCUCUCAUCCGACUCUCAAUUCGCUUAUAUCCUCCUCCUUGGGUGCGGACGUCGCAGACCCGACCAUGUCAGAUCCCGCUAUCAUUGCUGCUCAGCCAGAGCAUGGCGCUCCGCGCAUCGGGGAUCCUGGCAAGAGGAUGCUGGGCGCUGCGCUGGGUGUCAGACAUCCUGCACUCGGACCUCGCGUACUGAACGGUGCGACCAACGGAGUGGCAGACAUGCAGAGAGCGAUGAGCGGUCUGGUGAUCGCUGAGUAG